CAAAAUUGCCCCUAUUUUUCUCUCUGACAGUUCCACAUACCUCUUGCCUCCACCGUCUGGGUCUCUUCCUAUGAGACAGGGAAGAACGGGAAGCAUAUUCCAUGGAGAGUCCGGAUCUUUCGCCGCCGCACAUGGACUCGUCUCGGCCGUCACUCGGCUUCCCUCUCGGAACCGCACUCCUCUUGAUCAUCAUCUUCAGCUUGAGCGGUAUCUUCUCCUGCUGUUACCACUGGGACAAGCUCCGGUCUCUCCGUCCAUCUUUCUCCGAGAACGCCGCCGAUCACGACGGAGAUAUUGAAUCGUCGCCAUCGAAAUCUAACUCUUCCUUGACGGAAUUGAAGAAAAUUCAAGGUCAGAGCUUGCCGGUACUGAUGCCAGGUGAUGAGAUCCCGAAGUUCAUAGCAUUGCCAAGUCCGUGCGAGCCUCAACGGCCGGAAAAGGUUGUUGUAAAGGUGAAGAAUCCGCCGCCUAAGCCACCGCCUCGUUUUCCAGUACCUUUUUAUUAGCAGAUUGGAAAUUUGUUGCAUAGAGGAGGCAUUUGAUUAACUUAUAUUUCUAUUAUUAUUCACCUCUGAUUUGGAAAAUUUUUAAAUGGAAAUAGACUCACCGCCCUCCUAUCUUUUCCAAGUGCUAGAAAAGGAAAGUUUGUAAGAUAUUGCUAGACAUUGUAAAAUAUAAGGAAUCAUUAUUAUAAAGAAAAAGUUGAGCUUGUU